CUUCCUUCUCAGAAGUCACUUGGUUGGUUGCCAAGGUUACUAGUUGGUCACUUCCUGGUGUCUGUCACAUUUUGGGCAGUUGUGCAAGAAUUCGCACAUUUCAGGAAUGAGCAUCUGGGAGCCUCCACAUGGGUACAAGACUAUUUGCACUCUUGUGACAUUUUGCAUUUUCCAAUAUUGCAGUUCUUACAUGUAUUAUUUAUCUGUGAUCAAAUGUUAAUAUGUAGAACGGGUGUAAACUGUUAUUGUAAGUCUGUGCAGGAAGUUGAUUGACUGUGGCAGCAGUAGGGAGACCUCUGCCGGAAGGACAAAGAAACUUUAGAGUGCAGGAGGCAACAGGCAGUUCAAGUGAGAGAGAAAUCAGUUGGUCAGUUGGAGGUUGCCAUAUUCUGGCUUUCCAAAUCUGAGUGCCUAAUUUGCAUAUUAUGUAAAAUGGCUUGAAAAUAUUUUUUGAGCAGAAUAGUGACUGCAUAUUUUGCUCUAUAACUCUGCUUCUACAAGGGCUAGAGCUUAGCUGUAAGAAAGAAGGAAAAAAGGAAAGAAAAAGAAAACUGAAAUCCGGGCAAAUCUGGGGGGGGGUAAGUAAACUGGGUGAGAUGCUUAAAAUCUGGGUGAAACCCGGAAUUCUGGGGAACAUAGCAACUCUAGUUGGAGGACACUUAGAUGGUGAAAAAGGGAGAAAGUAAGCUGGAGGCUUUGAGAGAGAAGGGUUCUGAACAGAAGGUUUAUCUGGUAAAGAGAGAAAUGGGGCUUAGGUGGAGGCAGGUAAAUCUGUUCUCCACUGAAAAGCCAGGGCCUGGUCAGGGGAAGGUCCAAAAGACAAGAGCUCAAAUCAGAAGGGAGGCUGAGCAGAAACUCUGCAACCAAGCAAGGCAUCUGCACCCCAGAGCGGUGAAAGACCAUUAACAUCUCUCUCCCAGCAGGAUACUGUUUGAAUCCUUCAUUGUCUGGGAAGAAAGGACCAGAUGGGGAACUGUGGCUGAGUGACUUGUCCAAGCCAACAUAAUGAGUGUGUGGUAGAGGACAUGGCUCCAUGGCCUGAAGUAGAAAACAGAGAAACCAUUAACUAUAUUGAAGAGCCCUGCUCCAAACAAAACCACAUUAUGUCUGACAAAGCAAAAGAUGACGUAAUUUCUAUAGGAAAGCAGAUAGAACUGUUGCCUGCAUAUUCCACCACAGCCUUGACAAGUGAAUCACAGACAGAGGAAGAAGAUGACCCUUGGGAUAUUCCAGUACUCCAGAACACUGGAGUCAGAUGGUCAGAACUGGAUGGGAAAAGCAAAAUACUCUGUGUCUUAAAAGGCAUAGCAAAGUUUAUAAUCUUGCUUGGAUUGCUGUACCUUUUUGUCUGCUCCUUGGAUGUGCUAAGCUCAGCUUUCCAACUAGUAGGAGGUAAAGCAGCAGGGGACAUUUUCAAAGAUGGCUCUGUGUUGUCAAAUCCUGUUGCGGGCCUAGUGAUUGGUGUUCUAGUGACUGUAAUGGUUCAGAGCUCCAGCACCUCGUCAUCCAUCAUAGUCAGCAUGGUGUCCUCUUCGUUAUUGACUGUUCAGCAUGGGAUCCCAAUCAUCAUGGGGGCCAAUAUUGGAACUUCAGUCACAAACACCAUUGUGGCCCUCAUGCAAGCUGGAGACAGGAACGAGUUUAGAAGGGCCUUUGCUGGAGCUACAGUCCAUGAUUUCUUUAACUGGCUUUCUGUGUUUGUGCUGUUACCCCUUGAAGUUGGCACAGGCUAUCUUUAUCACCUCACAAACGUUAUUGUAAAAUCAUUUCGAUUUGAAUCUGGAGAAAAUGCUCCUGAACUACUGAAAGUCAUCACUGAUCCUUUUACCAAACUUAUCAUCCAGCUCGAUAAAUCAGUAAUAGAUGCAAUUGCUUUAGGUGAUGGAUCAGCAAAAAACAAAAGCCUAGUGAAAAUGUGGUGCAAAACUAAAACUGACCUGACUGAAAUGAAUGUCACAGUUCCGUCUUCUGAAAACUGCACAUCUCCACACCUUUGCUGGAACAGUGGAAACUUGACCUGGACCAUUAAAAAUGUAUCCAGCACCGAAUAUAUUGCAAAAUGUAGGCAUAUUUUUGUAGGAACAAGCCUCCCAGAUCUUGCUGUUGGACUCAUCCUGCUUGCAUUUUCUUUGCUUGUUUUAUGUGCUUGCUUAAUACUGAUUGUAAAGUUACUCAAUUCUGUACUGAAGGGACAAGUGGCAAAUAUUAUCAAGAAGACACUCAACACUGAUUUCCCAUUUCCAUUUUCUUGGCUUACUGGAUACCUGGCUAUGCUAGUGGGAGCUGGCAUGACCUUCAUCGUUCAGAGCAGUUCUGUGUUCACAUCGGCUAUUACACCACUUGUUGGAAUUGGUGUUAUAACCAUUCAGCGUGCAUAUCCGCUUACUCUGGGAUCCAACAUUGGUACCACCACGACAGCAAUUCUUGCUGCCUUAGCUAGUCCGGGAAGUAGAUUAAAGUAUUCCUUACAGAUUGCUCUGUGUCACUUUUUUUUCAAUAUUUCUGGGAUUCUCCUGUGGUACCCAUUCCCUUUUAUGCGCAUCCCAAUCCGCUUGGCCAAGGGCUUGGGGAACAUAACAGCCAAGUACAGGUGGUUUGCCAUUUUUUACCUUCUCCUCUGUUUCUUCCUGCUCCCUUUGCUUGUCUUUGGCCUGUCAGUAGCAGGCUGGCAGUACCUUGUGGGCGUUGCUGUUCCCAUCUUGACUGUCUUGAUUGUGGUGGUGGUCAUCAACAUUCUGCAAACCAAACGGCCACAGUGGUUGCCUCCAAAGCUCAGAAACUGGAACUUCCUCCCUAAGUGGAUGCACUCCUUGCAACCGUGGGAUAACCUUGUAACUUCUGUAAUCUCUCCUUGUGGAAGAUACUGUUGCUGCUGCUGCAAAUGCUGUAAAGACAAGGCAGUUGAACAAGAUGUGAAAGUAAAGCCAGCAAAAACUAUGGAAGUUCAUGAAAACCCCGUGUGUCUGGCUGAUGAAGAAAAUGGUUUUUCAAACACACAAGCAGCCAAAACAAAGCAAAUGGACUUGGCCAUCACAGCCUUAUAGCAGAAGACCAGGCUGUAUGGUUUGAAGCCUCAAGGACAAAAAGCUGAUGGGAAAUCUAAGAGGAUCGGGAAGAAGCCGAGCGGGAAAUCUAUGCCAGGUUCUCGCAUCCAGUGAAAGGAAUGCAUUACAGUAGUGGUGGCCAACGUUUCUGGCAAAUAUGUUAACAAGUCGUCCAAACUGUUAGCUGCACAUGAAGCACAUAUGCAGCACCAGGUGCCUUGUUUGGUCUUGCCUCUAAUCUUCUGUUCUAGGGAGGAGGCAGCAGUGUAGGCCUAGCUUUGUGACAUGCCCAAGCCUAUGCGUCUUCCUUCUCCUGUCUAGUACUGCUACAAAUUCCAACUGUCUCUGCCACGUGUGAUUGGCCAUGAACAUAUUGCUCAGUUUUUGCAAGUGAACCCAAAUGUCAGGUACACAACAUCUUCAUGCCUUGGACUUAGGUUUAGUAGAGUCCAGGUUGUAACAACAUUGAAAUAGUAUCUUCUCAAUAUGGCUUUAAAGAGCUAAGGCAAAUGCCACUGUAACAAAACUCGAAAGGUAACAUAUGGCAUUUUUUGAUAACAGAAGUCUUAAACCAAACUAAUUUUUAUAAUACCAAGGGGGGGGGGGGGAUGGAUGGAAUUGUAAUAUAUGGUCUCUGUCUAGCUAGAUGCCACAAUGUGAAUAUUGUUUUUCUAGAGCACUUAUCCUUCCAAAGCCGGAAUGGCUAGAAGACUGAAUUUAAAAAGAGACAACAGUUACAGGGUUCACCCAUUUUAGACCUGGCACCAUUUCAGGUUUCAUUCGGAGGGCAGGACAAAGAGUUUUGGAGCAGGGAGAGAUUUGCAUCAGGAUUCAAAGGCCGGCUGCUUUUGGCAAGAUUAAAUUGCCAAUAGUGAAAGUAUUUUAUAAAAGCACUUAUAGUAACUUUUCAUACCUCAUCCUAAUCAAGAGAGAUAUAGAUGCUUCUGAAGAAUAAUCUCCUGAGAGCUGAAACACUGGAUGGGUUCUCUCUACCCUUCCUAAACAGCACCUUUGAUGGCACUGUCCAUCUAUUCUCUCCAUCUCCACUGUAGGUGACAUGAGGGUGCUGUAAACACUGCUAUAUGAACAAUAUUUUUUUAAAUCAGUAGUGCCAUGCAAAACUACAUUCAGAUCAAUAAGAAGGAUCUGCAGGUGACAUUUGCAGCAUAUGCAAAAAAACACUUUUUAACAUUAUUGCAAGUUCUAUGGACAGUGUCCAGAUUACAUUAGUCAUGACUAAGUUCGAUUUGCUGACAUGUUGUGCAGUAUAAUGUGGGUAAUUCUGAACUGUCCAUGGUGCUGUGGGUGUCAUUGAAAAUGCUGGUGGUCUUGUGCAAGAGCAUAAAUACUUAAACCUUAACUUGCACAAUCGUACUUCCAAAACACUAUUUUCAUUGGAAUUAAUGUCAGUAGUAUUGUGGAAGUGUGACUGCGUAAGCUUUACGUAGUUGUGCUCUUUCACAAGACUGCUCAUGUUUUGUUUAGACACUAGCAAUGGUACGCACAGUUCAGAACUGCCUAGGUUACACUGAGCAACAUGUCAACCAUUGAAAUUAAUAGAACUUGUUAGUCAUCACUAACCUGUUCCAUUUAUUUCAUUGGUGCUUAGUCAUGACUAAUUUCUGCCCUGUGCCUUUUAUAAUUCCACUCCAGAGCAGCGUUCCCACUAACUUGUUUCAUCUGUGUGCAGAAUGAGUAUUGUUCUGGGUGGCAGCAUCAAGGCAGUGUGCGCACACGUGUAUUCAGAGUGAGACCUUCCUGAAUGAGAUGUAAAAUUAACUGAGCGACAUUAAAAAAACAAAACAAAAAACACCUUGUGUGUGCAGGCAAAUGUGCAUGCCUUACAGGGAACACUGCUCCAGAGGGUCUGAAGGAGCUGCUACCUUCCCACUGGGUUUUUGGGAGAAACUUAAAAUAACUAAACUAGAGGAUAUAAUGGAGGGUGGAAAGUAUGGAAGUGUGUGUAUCAUAGAACUAUCGGUGUAUCAGCAGCUCUGAGUGGAGAACUGAAUUAUCGAUUGAUAUAUCUGUCAUAUUUGUAUUAUAUGCAUAUCACGUAUAUAUUUUAUAAAGUAUUUUAAGAGGGAUUUUUAAAUUAUGUUUAUGAAAACCUAUUGGGAAAUUAGACAUACUGUUUGUACUCUGGAUGGCAUUGUCUAAGCUGUAACCUCAGGGAAUUUACCAGUAUGAAAGGAAAAUGUGUAUGGGCACGAGCCAGCCAAAGAUAAGCACCUAUUAUUAAGUCCUAUUAUUUUCAGUGGGACUGUUUAAGCACAUAAUUGAAUAUCUCCCGUUGAAACCAAUGGGAGAUAAAAAGAGCCCUGUUAUGUUUGGAAUCUGUCCCAUAAUUUUUUUAAAAAUAUGUGUGCAGAAGAAAAUGACCUCAGCUAGCUCAUGCAUGUGGGGAGACUGUAUAAGGAUUUCAACAUAUGCUAACUAAAAAUAUAAGGUGGGACUCAGCCAAAGACUUCUAAACUACAUUGUUAUCAAUGGGAAUGUUAAGCACAUGCUUCAGCUCCCCCCACACCGACCACUGAAAUGAGUGAGACUUAAGACUGCGUCACUUUGGCUGGAUCACGUGCAUACCUGUCUCUUUGUCUUCACUGAAGUUUACAAUGAAAAAAAAAAGAGCAGUUAUGCAACCCAGUCCUAUAUGUAUGUUUACUCCAAAGCAAAUAUCCCUGAACUGAUCAGGGUAGGUUUUAAUUGAAAAGCAGUAUAACAAUGUUUUUAGAUAAAUAAUGCAUAAAUAUUGUAGCCUUAGUCUAAUACAAAGAGCUUUUGGCAAUCCCACAAUCUAAUUUUAAAGAAAUAGGCCUAUACUGCAUUGUUCCCAUAAAGUUUGGGUAGUUUGGUGUCUAUCUUAUCUAUCUGUUUGGGCCUCACUGAUUCACUCAGUGACUCACUCACUGAUUGACAUGAAACUCCCAUACCAAAUCAUGAAAGAUAGAAACAUGCCAUUUUCACAGGUAGGUUCCAGCCCUUGCCCAGAUGACAAAAAACAAAUGGAAAAUCCUGGAAAAAUUGAUUAAUUUGCCAGAAAAUGCAGAAAAACUCUCCCACCAGAAAGUCAUGGGGAAUGAUAAUUUUGAACAAACUGUGGCAGUUUUCUCAAGUAUUAAUUGAGACAGAAAGCCCAGACUUGCACUAAAUUCCCCAGUUCAUUGCACUGCAAUUCAUUUCCACGAAAAUUGCUCACGAAAUCUAAAAACACGAGAAGGCUGAGAUAUGAAUCCAUUUUUCUAAAUACAUAAACUUUUCUAGCAACAUCAACUAGCAACAAGAUAAGGGAGAGUGCAUGGUCAUUUUGUAGUCUAGGACCAAUGCUUGCAAAUUGAAAGCCCAUUUUUUCUGGUACAUGUUAUAUUGCUAUAGCGUUUCACUGAUUUAUACAGGAAAAAAUUCUAUUUUAUUCAGCAGCUGACACAAAGGGGACAAUCCAGUCAAAGCGAAGCACUUUUACAUCUCAUUGGUUUCAUUGGGAGAUUUCAGGAUGUGCUUACUUCUCUCCCAUGAAAUUUGAUGGGACUUUAUCCCAUCAUGCCCAUAUUCUUAUGUGUGGUAAUGUUUUUUUUAAUUGCUUGCUUUUUUGAUGGAGAAUAAAUGUGAUUUUCUUCACA